GCUCUUUUCCCUUCUUUCUCAUCAUCGACAUCGAUCUUUCGCAAUUCUUUGUGUUUCCUUCGUCUUUUUUUUUCCUUCUGUUUUUCCUUUUUGUUUCUUGCAUGCUUUUCCGUUUUUCCCUUCUUGCAUCCCUUCCCUUCAACUUCAACCACACGUUCUUCGGUAACCUUUAAGGCCCCUACCCCUUCCGUCAAGAUGAAGUUCAACGUUGCUCAGGCCCUGGCGAUCCUCGCCGUCACCAACCCGGCCGUCGCCCUGCAGUCCACCGAUUACGCCGACAACCUCGCCAUCGUCGCCCGCGACAUCAACCCCGAGGCCGCCACCGCGUCGGCCUCCAUCGAGGAGGCCCCCGUCCUCGAGGCCCGCGACCCCCGCCGUGGUCGUAUCGGCGGUAGCCGUCCUGCCAAAGGUGGCGGUGGCGGUAGCGGUAGCCGCGUGGAAAUAGGGGCUCACGUUGCCGGGAGGAUUGGGUCCUCCACUCGCGACGCGGAGCAGAUGGCCGCCGCCAAGCGCGACCUUGAGGCCCGCGACCCCCGCCGUGGUCGUGUCGGCGGUAGCCGUCCUGCCAAAGGUGGCGGUGGCGGUAGCGGUAACCGCUUGGAAAAGGCGGCUAAC